AAGUGGAAAUGUUGGAUGAACACAAUUAGAUGAGUAUAAAGAGAAUCCAAGGCUUUUAGUGGUGUGGCCAGUGACCGAAUUAAAGUUCCUUUUCUUCAUUCUUUUGUAUAUUUGAAAAAAAAUAACAAUAACAAAGAGUCUCAUUUCUCAAUCAAUUCUUAUUUAGCUUAAUGUUGGGGCCGCCAUUUUCCCUCAUUUAAGUAUGGAAGGACUUAUUGGCUUUAUAUGUUUAUUUGCUUCAUCGUACAAAAUGCUGCAGUCCAUGUUAUCGAACUUCUGUACAAUUAACUUUUUUUUUUUUUUGGGGAGGGGGUGCGCAAAAAUGAAUUGUGCAAUGAGUGGGCCCUUUUAAGAGAUCCGUUAGAUCCAAAGCCAAUCUUAAUAAUAUCAAUGACUCUGCUAGAGUUUGCACAAAUUAAUACUCCAUGAAAUUGAUAUUUUAAUCCAACCUUUGUGUAAGUACAUUUUACCUUGGUUCGAAAUUGAAGUAAUGCUUGCCAAAGAUCAUAAAAGGACAAUAUAUUUGAUAUUGCGGAAGUUCGAAGAAAGCACAUAUAAUGCUUGGUAGAACUUGACAUAAAAAAAUCCUAAUUAAUAGCUAACUAUAUUCCGUCUCUCCCUUCCUGUGAGAUCAAAAUGAAUCUCCUAUCUGCACCUGAUUGAAAUGUUUGCGUGUUGGUUCGUUUGUUACCCAAAUCAACGCAGUUGGGUGAUCAAUUUAAUCCAAAGUGUUUCUUUUAAAUCACUCAACGGUAAUAAUAACUUAAUAAGUUCAUUUCUACAGUCCCCGUUGACUUGAAUGUGAAUUACUCCUGUGUAACAUAGAAUAAUGAUAGUUGUUGGGCCACGGAGUAUGGGAAAAAAUAUAUUUAUUUAAUAGGAACAUUCUUUGAGCAUAAUGUCUCUUUUGUUUUAUGGAGUAGAGUCUGACUCGAGAGCACUCAGGUCAUGUUUUAAUUUAAAAUACAAGAUUUGAUUCCUCAUUCCUCUUCAGUCUUCAAUUUUCAAUAUCUCUCUCUCUCUCUCUCUCUCCACCUCCCCGUUUUAUAUAUGUGUUCUCUUGUUAGGCCAGCUUUGUUUCUACACACAAAAAUUGCUCCCAUUUCGAAACUAAAAAAAACUCAUCUUAACAUAGAGAAAUGCGGGUAGACAUGCAAGAAAAGCUGAGGACAGCCCUUGGCUCAGUAAAGGAUCAUGCAUCAAUAGGCAAGGCCAUGAUAUACAAUUACAAUUAUCACGAGAAUGGCUUCUCCAACAUAGAGAUUGCAGUCCUGCGUGCCACUGGGCAUGAUAAUGGCCCCAUCGAUGACAAGCACAUGCAUGAGAUCCUCUUCCUUGUGUCAAACUCUCCUGGAUCCAUUCCUUUUUUGGCUGAACGAAUUUCUCGUCGUCUUUGCAAAACCAAGGACCGUCUGGUGGCCCUCAAGACACUUGUGCUCAUUCAUCGCCUCCUACGUGGAGGCAACCGCUGCUUUGAGCAACAGCUACGCGCUGCUCAUGUAUCUGGCCAUCUCCAAAUCAUGACUACCCGUUGGUUUUCCAAAAGUAGUAAUAAUUCUGACCCUUCACUUUGUUUUCUACAUAAAUAUUCAGCCUAUCUGGGAGAGAGGAUGGGGUGGCUCAUUAACCAAGCUGGCAGACUUGAACCAGCUGUUACGUCCACUUAUCAAGGCUUGGAGUUUCGAUGCUACGAAGAUAAGUCCAUUGACAUGGUAUUUCGUAAAUUGCCUAAAUGUCAACUACUGAUAGAUAGAGUCUUAGAUUGUUCUCCAUUUGAUAUUUUGCCUUCAGAUAACUUGGCUCAAGCAGCUAUGAGUAACACCUUGAAAGAGAGCUUUCAAGUUUACCUCACAUUUUGUGAAGGCAUCGCAGCUCUUGUUAAUAUGUUCUUUGAUUUAACAAGGCCUGCCAGGGCUUUAGCCUGUGACAUACUCAGGAGAGCUUCUCAUCAAAGUCAAGAGCUUUAUCAUUUGUAUGAGAAUUGCAAAAGGAUUAUUGAAAAUAAGAACUUGGAAUACCCUUCGGUUCAAAUCAUCACCAUGGACCAUGUUAUGGCAUUGGAACAAUGCUUGGACUGUCCACAAAUUAAUCAACCACCAGCACCAGCUUCGUGUGGCUCUGUAUUGAGCAAGACUUGUUCAAGUACACCUCCUCCUAUCUUGGACUGUCUAUCAAAAUCAAUCAAGCCCAGGGUACUGCCAACUACAGCAAAAGAAGGCAAAAAGAAUAUUGAGAACAAAAGUGAUAUUAGUUUGUCAUCAACUCUUUUCUCAUGCGCACUGGAGACCAAAAUAAGCAAAGUUUGGGUUGUGUUUGAAGAAGAUGAUCUCCACCAACCACAAGUCCCGGUACCAGUACCAGUAGACAGCUGGCUCUUCAAUGGUAAGCUCUGUGAUUUUGCUAAGCAGCAUAAACUGGGGGAUCUUGUGACUAAUAAAGAUAAUGAACAAAGUAGGCCUUGUGGUUUUCAAAACCCAUUUACAACAUGUAUAGAUACAAGCAUGGUGCCCAAGGAAUGAGCUCCGAUCAAGAAGUUAUAUUGUUUAUAAUAGGAGUGAGUGACCGUUACUGGUUUUGUACUUUCAACUCAAUUUUUCAUUUUUAUUACAUCUUAAUGUGAGUGAGUUCAUGUUGCUUGCUUCUUGU